AUGUCGAUGGCCCAUGGAAACAACUAUGAUUAUCAUCGAACUACGUUCGAUGGCGAACGAAAUGAGCGGUGCGCCUGUUGCGUGCGUACGAUGAAAUGGUUUCCGGUGCUGUUCAUCGUGUCUGUGAUCGGUUGGUCAUACUACGCGUUUGUGAUACAACUUUCGUUCUUUACCGUCACCAAUAUUGUUCAAAGGAUAUUGUUCCUGCUGUUCUACCAUGCCGUGCUGGUUAUGUUUCUGUGGUCCUACUACCAGACAGUAUUCACCGAUAUCGGUAGAGUUCCUUCCAGGUUUCGCGUUCCGAGAGCCGAGCUGGAUCGAAUAGUACGCGCGACGAAUGAAGAGGAACAGAAACAAAUACUGGAACUAUUCGCAAAGGAGCUCCCCGUCGUGACGCGCACGUUAAAUGCAACCGUGCGUUUUUGUGACAAAUGUCGGCUGAUCAAACCCGACCGGGCACAUCACUGCAGCGUGUGUGGCGUCUGUGUGCUCAAGCUAGACCAUCACUGUCCGUGGGUAAACAACUGUAUUAACUUCACGAACUACAAGUACUUCAUUCUAUUCCUUGGCUACGCACUGCUGUACUGUUUGUAUGUGGCGUGCAGUACCAUACCCUACAUGGAGUUGCUAUGGACGGGAAAGAUCGAUGGAAGAUUUCACAUUUUGUUCCUGUUUUUCGUUUCCAUCAUGUUUGCAAUCAGUUUGGUUAGCCUGUUUGGCUAUCACGUUUAUCUGGUGCUGCUAAAUAGAACCACCUUAGAAUCGUUUCGCACGCCAAUUUUUCGAUACGGCGGGCCAGACAAGAACGGGUUCAGCUUGGGAAAGUUGAACAACUUUCAGGAAGUGUUUGGCGACGAUUGGCGAUUAUGGUUCGUUCCAGUAUACACCAGCCUUGGGGAUGGAAUAUUGUUUCCCACCCAUUCGCACCAUUUAGCAUCGAACUCACCGCAUGAAGUUGGGUCGCCAGUAGCGCCACUGACCGCCAUCAACGGCGGCAGUCCCAAUUGUAACGGUUCGGUUGCAAAUGGCACCGCCGGGGUGGAUCCUCCAAACCCUCAAACGAUCAUUCUAGAACACCUCGACGAGCGGAAGGAAGGCGGUGGGCACCGUCUCCAGGGUCAGCAACAGGUUGUGGCGAUGCCGCUCAGCACAAAUGGCGGCUUGCCACUGCAGGAAACCAAAGAGAGCUUCGCAUCCUCCCAUCCCCUUUAG